AAGAACUUGAAGACGAUGUUGGCGAUUGGCGGUUGGAAUGAGGGCUCUAGUAGAUUUUCACCGAUGGUAGCCGAUCCUGCGAGACGGCGGGAAUUCGUCAAGAACGCCGUUAAAUUCCUUAGGCAGAAUCAUUUCGACGGCCUCGAUCUCGACUGGGAAUAUCCAGCGUUUAGAGAUGGCGGAAAACCGCGAGAUAAGGACAAUUACGCUGACUUGGUGCAGGAACUUCGUAAGGAGUUUGAGAGAGAAUCCUCGAAGACCGGAAGAACGAGAUUGUUGCUGUCGAUGGCGAUGCCAGCCGGUGUCGAAUAUAUUGACAAAGGUUACGAUGUACCCAGACUAAACGAAUACUUGGAUUUCAUUAAUCUACUCUCUUACGAUUAUCACUCGGCGUAUGAGCCCGCUGUCAAUCAUCAUUCGCCAUUGUAUCCCCUAGAAGAGGACAACGAAUACAAUUACGACGCUGAAUUGACUAUUGAUUACACGAUAACUCAUCUUCUGGAGAAAGGCGCGUCCGCAGAUAAGGUCGUUCUUGGAAUACCAACAUACGGUCGGUCGUAUACGUUGUUCAAUCAAGAUGCAACUGAACUCGGGUCGCCAGCGGAUGGUCCUGGCACCGAAGGAGAGGCCACUCGAGAAAAAGGUUAUCUUGCCUAUUAUGAGAUUUGCGAGAGUAUAGCAGUUUCUGAUGAGUGGGAAGUCGUUCAAUCAAAUCCAAAAGCCAUGGGACCGUACGCCUUCAAAGGUAAUCAGUGGGUAGGGUAUGAUGACGAAGACAUAGUCAAACUGAAAGCUCGCUAUGUGAAUGAAAAAAAAUUGGGAGGCAUUAUGUUCUGGUCGAUAGACAAUGACGAUUUUCGUGGCAAAUGCCACGGUCGACCUUAUCCAUUGAUCGAAGCCGCCAAAGAAGUGCUGCUUAUGGAUAAUAGAAAUACAAUUGACAAGACGAAGUCAGUAGACAGUCGGAAAAAGAUCCGAACUCAAAAUACGCAAAGCAGCAGUCGUAAAUCAAGUACAAGCAACAGAAGAAGUAGCACUACAUCUACUCCGAUUGUCAGUAAACGUGUAUCCUCUUCAAGACCAAAAUACCGUACCAUUUCGCAAGUGAGCAAGGAGGAACAGGAAGAUCGAGAAGUAUCGAGGAGAUCAUAUGACCCAUCAUCAGACGAAGACACAGAGGGACACAGAAACACCGUAAGAGUCACAGAGAAAACCGAACGAUCGAAAAGUCAAAACAGAAGUAAAACAACUGCUGCCAAUCGUAGCAAUCAUAGAAAGCACUUCAGUCGUAAGGAGCAAAGCAAGACUGGCGAGAAUGAAGAAUCCUUAAGUAACAAACUAACCACUCCCGAACCACCAACUACACCCGAUCCAGGAACCGAUUUUAAAUGCGAGGACGAAGGCUUCUUUCCGCAUCCUCGAGAUUGUAAGAAAUAUUUUUGGUGUCUUGAUAGUGGUCCCAGUGGACUUGGUGUAGUUGCGCAUCAAUUCACUUGUCCUUCAGGAUUGGUAUUUAACAAAGGGGCGGAUUCUUGUGAUUAUCCGCGUAACGUAAUUUGUCCUAAGACGUCGAAAGCAUCAAUUGUUUCGACCACCAGAUCGCCCAUUACGGCCGCGACAAGUCGAACAACUUACUUGCACAGCACAACAAUUGCAAAAGUGGAAUCGGAAGAGUAUGAUUCGGAAGAGGAUGACGAUUCGAAAGAGUAUGACGAGAUCGAAGAAAACGAAGAAGUGAAAGAAGAAAAGGAGGAGGAGAAGGAAGAACUGAUAACUACCACCACAACGAGAUCACUCGUAUACAAGACACUCACCAGGAAUAGACCAAGUACGACCACCUCUACCACAACCACUUCGAAACCAAGUGAACCAGAGAGAGCUGACAGCGAAGACGAAGAAGAUCCAAAAGUUAUUAAAGAACUCAUCGAUCUUAUCAAAAAAGCUGGCAAGUAUAAAAAAUUUUCUAUACUAUAUAAUAUAUAAAAUAAAUAAUUAAAAAAUUCUUUUAUUUUAGGCGGAAUAGAAGAGUUAGAAAAGCAAUUGCUAUUUCAAGAGAAAAAUGUGGAUACCAAAUCAGGUAGUGAAAGUGUUACACCGGCUACGAUUAGUCGUAGUUUAUAUGAGCGUGUAUUGAAUCGCCAAACUAAUAGAAUCAGUAAUCAUCGAUCCGUAUUAUCGUCCUCGGAAAUUAGUUACGUAAAUGGGCCGGGAAGAGCACAGUUCGAAGGUUUGGAUGAUAUCCCUGAAGUGAAGAAUCUCAGACGAUCACAGAAACCUCAAUACGUCACCAUCGAAAGAUCCAAAUCAAUCAAAAAAGAAUCUUCCUCGGAGAACGAAGAUAUCAAUGAGGACGAGGAAGACAACACUGAUGUAGCUUCUUCUGAGGGGAAAAGCAUCAGUAACCCGUUGGAAAAUAGCUCAUCCACGCAACGAGUGACGCCAAGUUACGUAAAUAUUCGACGAACGCGACCUUCCACCACGACGUUUAAAAUCGAAAAUGACGUGGAAGGGAAGGAAAUAGAAAUCGAAGAGGAAAGACCGAUUCGUAGACGACGACCGAUCGUUUUUUCAAAACAACAAGACAAUGAAGCAAGCUCUGAAACAUCUAAAUCUUAUCGAAAUCGUGAUUCAGGCUUCAGAAAAUCAGAAAAAAAAGAAGAUUCGAGAAGCACGAAUCCAUCAGCAGAGAAAGACAAUGAUUCAUCAACAACAAAAACUAGAUACUCCAAUACACAAAGAUUCAGAAGUACCACUUUGAAAACUUUGGAGGGUUUGUCUAGCAUAGUACCUUUAUCGGAGACUAACAAAAUGACUUCACCGACGAAACUGGAAGAGUAUCCAGAAGUAUCCAGGACAACAGUCAGUACGACCGCUUCAUUGUCUACGACGCCUGCAGCAACUACUUCGACCUCUACCGAGGUUAUCACCAUAAUUAAUGUCGAACCGACAGAAAAUCCAUCUAAUGUUAGUUCUAGAGUAGAUAUUGACUCUAUCACUGAUUCAGUGAAACUAGUGGAAGAUUCGGCGACGGAGAUCUUAUUUACAACAUUGCCGGCAAUUAGCAGUAGUUCAAGUCAGUCGAUGACAACAACAGCGACGUUAGCAAGCAGAUCAACUGUCGCCGCAGUGUCGCAACCGCGACCAUUCAGUUUUACCAGACGAAGAUCUGGUUCAUUAGAAGCGACGACGACGGCUACGACCCCAUUGAGCAGGUCCAAGGUGAGUAUUACUCCGCGAAAUCCUACGCGUCCGUCCAAUCCGGUUCUGGGGCGAGUUCAAUUAAGGACGAAAUCGGCCAACGAAGUUACCGAGGAGGAGUUAGUGGAUCAAGUGGACACUUCACGUGCGGAGACCUCCACAUCCAGAAGCAAGGACCUUAACAGAUCACGUGGCAGGGGAUCUAGCAGAUAUAUUCCACCAACGUCGAAAUCAAAGACGCAAGAUGUUUCCGCGAAUUCCGUUUCAGGCCUGAAGUAUAAAGAAAGAGGCAGAACAACAGCUUCAACUACUAUUGGUACAAUUAUUAUCGAUGAUGUUAAAAGAAGAUACCGAAGACCUAGCAGAGUCAACAACCUAGAAUCUAUCAAAGCCAACGAAUUGGAUGAUAGCCCGAUAGUAAGAAUAAUACAAGGUAGUGCUAGAAAAAAUUCCUUGUAUCGAUCGCGAUCUGAUGAAGAAAAUAAUAAAAUCACGAACAUCAGGGUCUUUAGAAAGCCAACUGUUAAUCGUGAGCUGUACGACAGGACGAAGCACACGAGAAAGAGGAACAACGCGGAAAAGUCGUCGCAAAAAGUAAACAAUGAGUCGAAUCAAAAACACAUCUCAUCGAUGAUAUUGAAAGCUCUCAAAACAGAUACUUCUACAGAAAUUGACAGGAUUGAGGGAAAUGAUUUGUUGAACAGUAUUGAUCAAUCAACUGCAAAAAUUGAUUCCGUAGUUGAGUCCAAUACUAUCCAGCCAAUGUAUGAUUUGAAACCAAUUGCGCUAAUUGAUAUAACAACUAUACCUAACAACAAAACAAAUGCAAGCAACCAAUCUGAAGAUACUGUCGCCACAACGAUCACUCACAUCGAAGCUCAUGAAUUUAAUCCCGACCUGGUGACGAUCGUUUCUACCGAACGUGCCUUUGAUGGUACAGAAAAGACAUCAGAAACGCCAAAAAAACGAAAGAUUUUCCUAAGAAAGAGACCGAUAUCAUCGAGUACAGUCAAUAUCAUUGAAACAGAAGAAGAGACAACAUCUCAAGGGCCUCGCAGACGAAAAGUGAUAAAACGUAAACGUCCGCUUCAAAAUACUUCAACAUCAGUUGAAAUUUUCCAAGAAAAAGGAGAAGAUUCGAGUCUUUUUUUUAAAUCGACGAUUCCGAUGGAAAAUGAUAAAAAUGUUGAAAAAUCGACAGUUUCUAUUAACCAGACAGAAGUUAUUCGAAUAAGCCAAAAUACUGAGGAAUCAACGAUUGUUUCUGGUUUAACUGGAGUUAUGAGAAAAAUGGAAGAUUCGACUCUAACUAUCACAGAACCCACCUUGUCCGAUUACAAUACUGAUGCUUUUAUGAAGGUUACUUUGGAGACUCCUGCGAUUGAAACCACGACGAUAUCAAGCGAAGAUGUUACAGAUAUUUCCAGCACAGCUGAUCACAGCACAGCUAUAUCAACGAUGAACACAGAUGCUGACAAGGUUCAUCAGUCAAUGAUUGAAAUGGAUACUGAAGCUACUACAAUUGAACCAACGUUGGCGACAGCCACUACUUAUAACACUGAAAGUAUGCUUUUAGAAGAUAUAUCGAUGCCAUCUAUUGAAGCUAAGAAUUUAUCCAUUACUCGAGUGCAAAUGACCCCGUUGUCCUCAUUGGAUUUAGAUACAGCUACCACUCGUACACAAGCAACUACUACACCAUUUACGACGGAAUCAGAUUCAUUAUCAGCUGCAAGAUCGAGUUUCGAUUCGAGAUAUGAGCGUAAGAAGUUCAUUCGCAAGAAUCCUGUAUCAUCUUCAGAGAACACGACCAACCAAUAUACUCCUAUGCUCUCAUCAACGGAAAACAGCAGCAUUGAUUUUCUCUCAAAACGCAAAAAUGAUUUAUUUAUUGGACGUUAUCCAGUUUCUUCUAAUGAUGCGGAAUUCUGGAAACAUUAUACUACAACUUCGUUAAGAGGUCAAUUAAACUAUCCUUCAGUUUAUAUUGAGGAUGUUGAAGACCAUAAAAUUGCGAAAACAGAGUUCACAGAAAAUAAUACAUAUCGAUUAACACCGAUUGUCACUCGCAGGCCUGAGAUUCGGCCACGAUACAAGAUUCCAAUAAUUUUGAAGAGGCCUUUCGAUCCCGAAGAAGCUUUAUCGCCGAAGCGAUAUCCUCCAUUAGAUUCAGCGCCAGAAGAAUCCGAGGAGACACCAGAAACGAGAGAAGCCAGGUUACGACAAAUUGGCUUCCGGCAGCCACGAAUGCGUUAUAAGAUUCUAAAUCGAAACAACGUUGAAGAGAAAACUACGCAGCCAACUCCGGAAUCUACGAGCACUUGGCAAUAUUUCAAAACACGUUGCGGACGCUUUCCAUCGGAAACAGCAAUCGCUGAGAACAACGACGUCAAGGAAUUGGUGACUUCGGUAACAGAAUCCGGCACCACGGAGCGGCAGAAGAUCCUUAUCAAGACCAAGUAUUCGUCACUGACAUCGACCACGAGGAUACCAGCGGAUCAGUUCCCUCCAAUGACUCCGUUGUCAAUUUUGGUGACUGGAAUCAACGAUGACUCUGCCAACGAAGUUCGUCACGGUGUUGAACGGUCCACCUUGCCUAUCGAGAGCGAGUUCAAUUACCGUUACGAUGAUCGAUUCACUACAGAGUCUUACGAGUCUUCGACUAUUGAGAUUGAGUCAGUAUUCAGCAAUCUGAUUGCCAGUAAGGGCUCCGCGAAGUAA